UGUUCAAGUGAGCUUUAAGUUGAGUUUCAGACCUAAGCCUUUAACCGGUGAUAUCUUGUGUUUCACAUUAACAAAUUUCGACUACUUAGCUUAAGAUGACGACCCUGAACUAUCUGCCAUCGGUUAAGCCCUCUUCAAUCGCAGUGGGGGCUAUCUUUACCCACACCGCAUCGUUGGGUAUACUCGCACCCGUGUUUGGUGAUACGUACCACCGCGCUCAAGCUGCCAACUCAAAGGAAGAGUUCCUGAAAUCGAAGGAGGCCGCUGGUGCAGUAGCAGCCUGGGGUAGCUCCUUGAUUGGAAGUUCUGUGCAAACGUAUGGAGUGGCAGCUUUGAUCAACGCUACGGGCACUUUGAGCUACAAAGGCGCAGCUUAUCUUGGGAGCUUAAUCUUUAUGGCCAGCACAGCCCCAGGUGUUGUGAGCCAGGUUUUCGCAGAAAAGAGACCCCUUGACACUGUUGCCGUAGGUGCACUCAGCAGGUUGUUCGAAACAGUGGGACUCAGCCUCUUCCUGACUUGGUGGGGUACCCGCACGAAUCCGUUCGCCUAG